UUUACAAAAAAAGAGGUGACAAGAAUAUUUUAUUUUAUCAAAUACUUAAUGAAAUCACGCAAACAAACAAAAGUUAUCGAGAGGAGAAAGAAAAAAAAUUGUAAUCUAUUUAGGGACGGAGGGAGUAUUUUUUUAAAUUUAUUAAUCAAACUAUGAAAGUCGGUUUAUAGCCGGUGGGCGCUGCGCAGUUGGCAAAGGCAAAGAGUGUCAAGAUGGUAGGCUUGAUGAGUUCGAUUCCUGACAACUGCGCUGGAAGGUUUAGAGUUGUACUCUGUCCUCUGGCUGCAAUUUCUGACUCAGACGUUGUUGCCUUGCAGGUAAUUAGUAAGAAUAAGGUGGAGACAGUGGAGGGCGGUGGUGGAGUUAGAGCGUUUUAUGUGUUCGGCGACUCGCUGGUUGACAACGGGAACAACAACUACCUUGCCACCACCGCCCGUGCGGAUUCUCCGCCUUACGGCAUAGACUAUCCCACUCACCGCCCCACCGGUCGUUUCUCCAAUGGCCUCAACAUCCCCGACCUCAUCAGUGAGAAGAUAGGUUCGGAACCUCUAAUGCCAUACCUGAGUCCGGCGUUAAGUGGGAAGAAGCUACUGGUCGGUGCCAACUUCGCUUCUGCCGGCGUCGGUGUCCUUAACGACACCGGAAUCCAAUUCGUGAACAUAAUAAGGAUCCACCAGCAACUGGAUUACUUUGCGCAGUACCAGGAGAGAUUGGCAGCCGUCGUCGGGGCGGCGGAGAAGGCCAAGAAGCUGGUGAACGAAGCCCUUGUUCUCAUCACCCUCGGCGGUAACGAUUUCGUCAACAACUACUUCUUGGUGCCCUUUUCUUUCAGGUCUCGCCAAUACCCCCUCCCCGACUACGUCACCUUCGUCAUCUCCGAGUACAAAAAAGUUCUAAAGAGACUAUAUGAUUUGGGAGCUCGGAGGGUUCUAGUUACAGGGACGGGACCGCUAGGGUGUGUGCCCGCAGAACUAGCACAGCACAGCCGCAUCGGCGAAUGCGCAAAGGAACUGCAGCGCGCCUCCGCCUUGUACAACCCUCAACUACUUCAGAUGAUUAAGCAACUCAAUCGCGAGAUAAACCGCGACGUGUUUAUCGGAGCCAACAUUAAUCAAAUGCAUUUGGACUUUAUCACUAGCCCUCAAUCUUUUGGAUUCAAGACAUCAAAGGUGGCAUGUUGUGGACAAGGGCGAUUCAAUGGGCUUGGGUUGUGCACGCCACUGUCCAAUUUGUGCCCAAACCGAAACGAGUAUGUAUUUUGGGACGCAUUCCACCCAUCGGAAAAGGCCAACAGAAUCAUUGUUGACCAGAUGUUAAAGGGCUCCAAUGACUACAUGCAUCCUAUGAACCUCAGCACUAUCAUGGAUUUGGACUCCACCAAGAAAGGCAUAUAUAACUGAUUAAUAAGAUAAUUAUAAUGAGAAAAUAAACCUUUGCCAUUAUUAGUUAUCGAGAGUUUUAUUUUGUAUGAAUUAAAUAGUUCUUAUUUCAUGAACAAACUUGUGUUAAAUUAUCCUUUGGACGAAUCUAUAUGUGAUUAAACGAGGUAUGUCUUUAUUAAAUUGCUUUCCUAUGU